AUAUGUAUAUAUAAUAUUAAAAUAUUAUUUUAGAAUAUUAUUUGUAAUCGUCAGAAUAAAACAAAAAUAUGUAUAUUAUAUAAUUAUAUAUACAUAUUUCUAUAUAUAUAUAUAAUUAUAUUGUUGUUUUUAUCGAGCACAUUUAUAUACAGUCAAAUUGGUGAUUAAUCGAUGCAAUGUAGUUAUUGUAUAAUGGAAAUAACAAAUGCAGUAAAUGUGAUUGGUUCAUUUUUGGCUCCAUCUUUAAAACACGUAUUUGUGAUACAAAGUUUUAUGGAAAAUGACAGGAAGUGUUAAUAAGUAUAUUAAAGUCUUAUUAUCAUUCGUAAAUUCGAGUUUAUUAUUUCUUUUUUCUUUUUCUUUUUUUUUUCUUUUUUUUUUCCUUUUUUUUUGUUUCUUUUUUUAUUUGCGUAGUAUAUCUAAUAUUGGACGCCAUAUUGGAACGUUAACAUUUUCUGCAUUUCUUCUGUCCAUUAUAUCCCUUUUAUUACUUUCUAACUAAAAUUCGUCAAAGAGUACUAACGAAUCAUAAUUUAUAUAUAUAUGUGUAUAUAUAUGAUAUAUAUAAGAUAUAUAUUAUAUAUAUAUAUAUAUAUGAUAUGAAUAUAUCGUGUUAUUUAUUCCCUGUAGCUAUUCCUAUCUUUAUAAAAUACGUGUGAUAAAAGAAAAACUGACGCUAGUUCUUCGGCGCUUUAUUUACGCAAGAGAGAAAGAGAGAGAGAGAGAGAGAAAGAGAGAAUUCUGUACGCACGUGUCGCGUUUGCGUGUAAAUGGUAUGAAUGUGUAAAAAAAUUUUCAACGUGUCGACGUCGUCCGUUCAAAGAUUAGUAUGAUUUAUACUUUCUAAUAUACGAAAAUUUGAAGGUAUGAAUCGUGCAUUAGCAAGUUACUAUGGUGCUGCGAGCUUUACGAUUGAUUAUUUUAUAUUAUUAGCUAAUCAUAAUUAAUUCAAUGGAGAGCCUGAAUACGACGCGGCGGCAACCAUGGUGAACGAUAUCUAUUAGCGAUGAUGAUUUUUCGGUUUUAACAUAUUUGUAGCGAAUAAAGAUCACGUAAAGAAAUAAUAUUGUAUAAUUUUUAUAAUUUAUAUUAACCUUUUUUAAUAUCUGAUAGAAAUUUACUUUUUAUUCUUGGUACCAGCUGGAUCCCCUUGUUAAUACGUUCAUGAGUCUAUCUUGGCGCAAUUCGACCAACGCGUCGUUAAGUACGUAACGCUAUUAAUAGAUGGCGUUAAUUUCUUCUAUAUUUACGUAACACAUUUACGAUAAAAACUUUGAAGGUUAAAUAUGUUUUGUUCUUCAUGCUAUUAUUGUGAUUGAAUCCACGUUAAAAAGUUAAUUUAAGCGGCAUGGGUGAUCUUGAUGGAUUAUAUAUUAAUUUAAAUGUGAAAAAUUAUGUUAAAUAUAUACAUAUAUGUUAUUUUAUAUGUAAUAUUUCUGUUAUAAAAAUUAAGCAAAUAGAGUGUAUACCAUAAAAAGAAAUUUUGUUUAAAAAUAUUGAUAAUUUUAUAUGAGAAAGAUAUUGAAAGCAGAGAAGAUAUCUAUAUUAAUUUUGGUGAUAUAUAUAAUUUCUAUUAUAUAAAAAAUGUCCUGCCAACGUGUUAUAAUAGAUGAUAAACUAUUGUUUCGCAUUUUAAAAACCAAAGGCUAUGAUAUAUCCACUAUAUGUGAUAAAAUGAAGUUGGACGCAAAAAAUAUAAUAGUCCUAUCUGAAGAAGAGCUAUGUGAAUUAUGGUACCAUGUGAAAGUAGUACUGUUAAAGGCACAAAAGCUAUCUAUAUUACAAUCGAAUAAUAAAAAUUCCAAAGAAAAGCAACAAGCAUUAAAAUUGAUAGAGACGAUAGCCGCAAUGGCUUUGGAGACAGUGCUGCAAAGAACAUUUUUACCAAAUAUAUUAUUAGAGAUUGUAAUAAUACUUCACUCGGUUAUAUUACCAGAAAUGAAAGAUACAAAGGUAAAAGAUGAAAUAUCAUACCUUCUAGAAAAUUGGUGGAAGUCAAAUAUGAUAUGGAAAGAAAAAGUAAUAAUAAAUGCUAUAAAGCAUCUGACCGAAACAUCAGAAAGUUCAUUGGUAACUUAUAUAUGCAUAAAUUCAUACUCUCAUAAUCUGCAUAAAUACAUAAACUCGUAUAUGCAAAAAAUGUUUGCAAGUUUUUAUACAAAUAACGUAUCAUGCUUUCAGCAACAUAUUAAACGAUUACAUAAAAUAAGAUCUGCGCUGUAUUUAAUAGAACGUAACGAUGAUAUACAAAUGUUGGUUGAAUUAUCACGGAGUAGCAUCGUUAUGUCUAUACCAGAAGGAAGAGUUAUUUUGUUAAAAUUAUUUGCGUUAGGAGAAGAAUUCGUAAUGGGGAUUCAUAAUAAUGUAAAAGCAAUGCUUGAAAUUGCAGAACCUGAUGUAAUAAAAGGAUAUGCAAAUUUGUAUGCCAAAGCAUGGUUAAGUGCUACCAAUAAAACUAAGAAGUUGAUAAUCGAAAAAUGUUUCAGAAACAUUAUUUUUCAUUGUCUUAGAUCGCGUAGAGAUUCUACAGGACGAGUCAAACUUGGAACAAAUUUACUUAUAUUCAUAGAUGCAUUAUAUCAUUAUAAAAGCAAUACAAUAAGAGUAAUGUUGCAUGAUCAUUUUAAAAGUUUAUUAUGGGAACAUUUGAAGGCUUCUGGAUCAUGCGUCAGAUGCAACGCAGCUGAUAUUCUAUUUAUUAUUUAUUCUGUGGAAUCGAAACAUUUGACACAAAAUGAAAAUGACAUGAAACAAUAUUCAAAAGCUAUUUCAUACCUUUUGAAAGAUUCCAAUGAGCAAGUUUGUCUUAUAGCUAUAAAUGGUACUUUUAAAAUAUUGGAGUCUCAUUGGAAGCACAUACCUGCUAAUAUAAUUAAAAAUUGGUUAAAUAUUUUAUCAUGUCAUAUGAAAAGCAAAUCUUCUUCAGAAAUUAAAAUAAGUAUCCUAAAUGGUAUCAAACAAAUGGUAUCUAAUAAACACUCUCGUACAAGUGUAAAAAGUUUUAUAAAUAACUUUGUCAAUCAAAUAUAUUACGCAGACAUAGAUGUUAUCAAAUGUUUUACUAAACUUAUCGUAUAUCUUCAAAAUCACAGUGGCAUUUUAGUUUGGGAUAUUGUUGCAUUAACUACUUUAUUGAAAUGCAUAGAGGAUACCAAUGAGUCCAAAUUAUUACAGCAAUUAAUAAAAUUACUAUGUUUGCGAAUACAACCACAUGAUAUAAAUAAUGACAAUGCCACACAAGAAAUCAUAAAUAUAGGAAUGAAGAAUAUUACGGCAACAAGGAAGUUUUUUUUUCAUUCAAAGUAUAUCAUUAAUUGGGAUAAUGCUUCUAAACUUAUAAAUAUUAUAUUACUGACUAUUGAAAGACAAGCAUGCUGUUUAUUAGCAGAUGAUGAAACAAGCAAUAAAUGCAGUAAAAGAUUCAAAAGGAAUAACGAUAAAUCACAUAAUGCAAACUCUACCAAAGAUAUAAUUAAACAAGAAAUUAAUACAUGCGAAUCAAUUAAUAUAUUACUUGAGGUAGUUGCUGUAAUAUUAUAUGUAAACAAAAAUAAUGUUACAAAAGAAUAUUUUGACAAAGAAGAGGGAAGGGACUUACGACGGAUCUGUACAAGCAUACUGCCACAAAUUUUAUGUUCAUAUAGAAUACAGAAAUUAUCUUUGAAUGAAUCUACGUUAUUCUUACUUUCAUUUUUACCCGUUACUAUGAUAACCAAUGCAAACAAUAUAUGUGAAACCAUUGUGGAACAAUUAUCUAAUCGUAAUAUUUCCAAUGAGAUGAUAAUCACAAUUUUAUACACGUUAAUGAAAUGGGAGAAAAUGGAUAUAGUCUUUACGUUAUUAAAAGAAUUGAUAACAAAAUUUACAAAUACAACGAUAGAGUAUAAUCAAGAAAAUAGUAAUGAUUUGUUUAUAAAAGAACAAGAAAAGACACUUAUAUUGACCGUAGAAAUACUCAAACAAUUAUUGAAUAUUGAUUUCCAAGAGAAAUUAUUGACUAUAUAUUAUGAAGAUUUAGUGAAUGCUUGCAAAGAAUUGCGUGUGAUACAAUAUCACAUGGAAAAUAGAUUGACACGUUCAAACGAAUUAAGUAACAUAAUGAAGGAACAAGUUUUGAUUGGUCUUUUCAAGGAUUAUUUAUCGAUGAUAUAUAUCCUAUUGAAAAUUGACGUUUACGAUAUUUCAGAAUGUCUUCAAGAUAUAUUAUCAUGGGUCGAAGAGAAAGUGAUACCUAAAAUGCCUACAAUGGAAGAACAUAAGAAACAUCAAUUUCCAAUUAAUAUAUUGAAGAUAGUUUUUAACGUAUGCAAUUCUAUGAUAAAAGAAUGCCAACUGUCUACAAAGAUAUGUUGUAAAAUAAUAAUUCUGUAUUUCAAAUCUAUUUCUUCAUCCGUCGGCAUCAUUUUUAUCCAUGACGCUUUGAAAGCAAUCAUUGCUUUAUUGCACUUUAAUAAAACUCAAUAUUAUAAUGAAGAUUCUAAUUUACUAAAUACUAUUCUACCAAAGUUCUUAUGUGCUGCAAUGAUAUCUUUAAAUGAAUACUCCGAAGAUAAUAUAAUUGCAUAUACAAAUAAUUUAAAAAUUUUAACUUUGUUAAUAGAAAAAUAUUUUGAAACGAUCGUAUCUACGUACGAUGAUCAAAAAAUGCAUGCUACGUACUUAACUAUUGUAUUAAAUACUGGUAUCAAUGAUAUAAGUAAAGAAAUUAUUGACAACACUAGAAACAAUUCUGCAGAUAUAUUGAAAAUUAAAUUUCCAUAUCUCGCAGAGAAGAUUUUAAAAAAUACAUUAUAUUUAAGGAAAUAUCAAGAUGCAUGCUUUUUUGCUAUAAAACAAGCUGUAAUACACUACAAUGAAGUUGAUAUACUUUCUACAUUAUUGAUAAUAAAUGAUAUGUUUAACUUGCCAAUUAAAUCCAUGAAAAAACUUCGAAACAUUACGCACGUUAUCAAGUUAGAAUAUGAAAAACGAUGUGAUCUUACUGUCCAUAAUAGAUUUAUUGUUGAUGCAAUAGAAACAAUCAUUAAGUUGAUACAAAAAAUAGAAAUAUUAUACUUAAUAGAUAUGAAAGCAUUUGUUUGUAAAAUAUUAAUGAAGGAUAAUCUUCAAUGGCAUAUUUUGUUACUUUAUUUUGAUAUAAAUAAUUUUUCUUUGGAAUGUAAUAUACUAUUUUGAUUGCAUCAAAAAUAGUAAUUAUCAAUACUUUUGUCAAUGUAUUAUGUAUGGUAAGAUAUUUUAUACAAAUUAUAUAAAUUUAAUGUUUUUU